CAGAAAGUGAAGCCUUGUCAUGAUGAGUGUGUGCUUGUGGGUGUGAGUGAGAGAGGGUGGCAAGAAGAAGCAAGCUGAUGGCAAACACAGACCCAACUUGUUUGCUUAGCUGACAGGAGGAGGCCUGACCCGAGUUAAGAGGAUGACGUAAGACAACCUCAGACUGAUAAGCCAGACAGACGUCCCACGGGACCAUAUAAGGUGUCCCCCAUAAUACCAAGACUCCACAUGCUUUUACCGGGUCCAGCUGCUUCUGGUUAGACGGGCCUUGCCGGUGAAUUCAGUCAAUGUCAAUAAGGAGCAGCUGCAGCGAAACGUUGCCUUUGGCAAAGCUUCAGAGAAAUCCACUUCACUGGACCCACAAGACUGCUGCGAAUGGAGAAACACGCAGACGGACCAAGUUGGUGAUGUAUCGGUCGCUACCGACAUUAUCCGGCAUUUUCCCCAUCUUGAAAACGAGCACGCAUAUGGAAUGAUAUCAUGCCUAACAAAUACAUAGUAACAAAAUGUAUCCGCUGCAAACCACCAACCUCCACUAUUAAGCAAGCAGACUCAAGUGGAAGUCCCAUUAGACUGUUUUGAACACAUUUUUGAGCAUCCGUCAAUAUGUGCAGGCAGAAAUGGCCGUUUGCUCUGUUGUGGGAGUGAACACAAUUCAGUGCAAGAGAAGGGUAAACAGACUCGCUAUUUACAAAAAUAGAAGAGAAAAAAAAGGCACAAUGUUUCCCCUCUAAGCAUUCAGGUACUAAUGCUUGAUUUAUUUGAAAAGGCUGCCACGUGCUCAUGUCGUUGCCUGUGCCGCGACAGCGGUCCAAAGUGUCCAACAAUGAGCCGGUUGAAGGCUUGAACAGUGCGGCUCCAAAUGUUGGGCCGACAAGAUCUCGAGGUGGGAAAAGCUAUUUAUUUUACCUGGUGACAGAAGUACGGGAAACGUCCCCCGUCUACAUUUUCCUCUCAGCGGGAGCUGGAGCACAUCUCACAAAGGCUCCAUAGAAUUAGAAAUAAAUCAUUUGUUCAAGGGGUUCUUUCUUCUUUUCAAACUGAUUUUUUUUCUUUUGGGGGGGGGGGGGGGGGCUCGAGAGAGAGAGAAGCAUCUCGUGCAUUCAGCUAAAUUAAAUGAUCACUGCACUUGACGUUGGUUUCAUCCGCCAUAUUUUGUGGCUUUUCUGGUCUGUUUAUCUUGGUGACUUAGACAAAAAGUAUUGUUAACCAUGUUUUCCUUUUCUUGAAAUGCCACUUUGACUUGAUGUGUAUUUUCUGAACAAAUCCUUUUUUGAAUACAGCGCUUGUUUAUGUUGCAGCUACUCUCAAUGACAUUAGCAUAUCUACCAAAAAAACGAAUCCAUUCUAUUUUGAAUAGAUGUCAUUCUACUCCAGACAUGACGCUUGGUUCACUGAAGACUAAAUUGUCCAUAAUAAUAGCUUUGUGUUCAAGAAAACCAAGCAAGCGCAUUUGUGAGUCAAUCGAGACAAGAGCUUCCUUUUUAUACUUCGGUAUGUAUAAAUGUUAAGACGUUUUUGUUUAGUGGUAUACCGAAAGAUUUUUUUCUCAUGCAAAAUAUGUGGCUUGGCUCAAGAAAAUGUUGGACUACAUACAUCUGCACAUCUAUCUAGGCUACCAUUCUAUUUGAUACACAGGUUCAUCCACAGGUCAUGUUGCACAUAAUGAGAAAGCCACCGUUUGCAAGUGAAAUUGUGGCCAUAAAAGUUGUCCUGGUGAACCCAACGAGGUCAACUCGUUUGCGUGACGUUGCUGAGAAACACCGUAGAGACGACAUAGCCUGUUCAAAAAACAAACAAAAAAUCAAAUGAUGAUUUGUUUCCUGUAAUCAGCUUUUUUUUGUCGAAGUUGAAAACUGCUAUAAAUGGAUUUGUACGCACGCUGGUGAUGAAUGUGAUUGCAUUACUUCAAAGUCAUUUGUGAUUUACACAGGGAAAUGGAACCAUUAGUGGCACUGUACAUUUGAUACUGUUCAACGGUUUUGGAUUUUUCAAUGGUAUAAUUGUAGAUAUACAAUGGCACCUUGACUUAUGUUCUGAAUUGAAUUGAUUGAUUACAUAAUUGGAUUUCCACCUAAUCAGUGAUAGUCCCCCCCCAAAAAACAAAGCAACUUGUCAUUCAAUAAGUAAAAAUAGCACUCUGUAGCAAUAGUGUACUUUACAAAACAUGCAGUAAUGACAUGAUUCAAUGCUCCACUCAGAGCAGACUGCAAAUAAGUGGCGCUUGCCCAAAGCCACCACUGGCAAAUGGAAGCAUAUCCUCCACCAUAGAGCACUUGAUUGCAUUUUCACGGGUGGCCGGCCGGCCGGCCGGCCGCGCGCCAUCACUCUCACCAAGCACAAUGACACUUUUGGGCUCGUAAAUUUGCCCAAGAUGUUUUUGAAGAGCCACGCCAGCGUUGAUUUUGGUAGAUGAAUACUGCCACCCUGUGGACGUUACAUGUAGUUUUGUCAGAAUAAUGGGUGGAUCAAGUACUAUAGAAUCCUUCAAUCUGAUCCAAGAUGCCUUGCUGUACAUUCAUUUACUGUACCAUCAGUAAAUUAAUUUGAAAUAUACAGUUAACAGUUCUCAACGUAUAUAUCGAAUUAAUUGUUUAAUUAACCAUAAAUUAAUUACAAAGUAUGUGAUUCGGAGUGAUUAUUAUUCUGAUGCACGUUUGUUCUUGUUUUUGUUAUUUUACUUCAUUUAAAAAUCACCAAGGCGCACUGGUCUGUGAGUUUUAAAACUGAAAUGUUAGACUCGCCCGCCUGGUCAAUAGGGGGCGACAUUAAGCUGCAAUGGUCUCCAUCCAGUUUCAGGGGGAAGCGACAUUAAUCCAACAUGGCGGCUGCCGUAUUCGCACGAUUCGGCGUCGAUGUCCUUUACAAUAGUAUGUGCGGGGCUCCCAAGCAGGCACUGAGGGUAUGCUGGGGGGCUGCGGAGCAAGCGAGGGGUUACUAUGUUGACUGGAGGAUGCUGAGGGAUGUCAAGAGAAGAAAGAUGGCUUUUGACUACGCUGAUGAGCGGCUGCGGAUCAACUCGCUGAGAAAGAACACCAUCUUACCAAAAGAACUCCAGGAGUUGGCCGACAAAGAAAUUGCAGCCUUACCGCGAGAUUCAUGUCCCGUGAGGAUCCGCAACAGAUGUGUCAUGACCUCCAGACCACGAGGAGUGAAGCGCAGGUGGCGACUCAGCCGGAUCGUCUUCCGUCACAUGGCCGACCAUAACCAAUUGUCUGGCAUCCUGAGGGCGCGGUGGUGACCCUGGAGGACAACGGCAGUGAACGCAUGGCUCCUUUAUGAUCAUGUGAAGGUGUUCAAGGAAUGGAUUAUGGCUAAAAGUUGUGGAUUCCAACAUGUGUGCACAUCUGCUAGCAACUCAUUAUACACUUCCUGACUGCAUCGUUUAGCUUUGAAUGGAAAAUAGGACAUUGUCAAUAUAACAUUGUUAAUGGAUACAAAUGUAUAUUAUCCCUAUUUUGCGAAUUGCUUAUUUGAAUAAACGUUGAAAUAAUGUGCA